CUGAAUUUCGCAUUCAAUCCCAUGAAGGGUCUCAGAGGCUUGAUCGCGAGAGAGGCGAGAUAGAGACAGAGAGUUCAGAAGGCACAGAAGGGGAAGAUGAUGAGCGUGAUAAAGAGGAAAAUAACAAGGCUGUGCAGUGGAAUGAGGAUGAUCAGAAGAAUCUGAUGGAUGUCGGAAUUUCUGAGAUUGAGAGAAACAGGAGGUUGGAGAGCUUAAUUGCAAGGCGAAGAGCACGCAAAUUGUUGAGCCUUCAGGUAAGAAAGACACUGAUGAACAUGGACAACAGUGCGCCUUUUGGUCAUAUUACCCCUUUAAUGGUACCAAGACAUAAUCCUUCUAUCCUCAACCCUCCAUCAGGCCGGUUUUCUCCCAUGCCCGGCUCAGCUCCUUCUAUCUUGGUACCAAUGCACAACCCUUUUGACAUUCCUUAUGAUCCACAGGAAGAGAAACCAAUUCUUACAGGUGGUAGUUUUGAUCAAGAGUUCCUGCCACUGCACCAGAAGGAUCUGUUCAGCAGACAUGAGAGCUCUAGCUUAGAGUCUUCCUUCCCAGGAGGAUCAAAGCAAGAUCGAAAAGACGCAUCUCAAUUUUAUGACUCUGCAUUCAAGGAGAGGGAGAGGGGUUCUGGACAACAUGAGAACUCCGAGUUAGAAAGCCAAUUAGAUCAAAAAGACACUGAGAAGAUAAUUGAAGUUGAGACAUCUCAACCACCAAAGUCUAACUCAAACAUGGUUAGAGAUCAUAGUUACGCCCAAGAACACAUCCAGAGCCCCGAACAGGGAGAAGAAUUAGUAGAUGGUCAUCAGGAAGAAGAAAAUUCUGAAGAAAAGACAAUCUGGAUGCCGUCUGACGAUUUAAGUGGCAAGUCCAGCACUGCAUCGUCGUCCGAAGAGGAAGAACAAUUUCCAAGAGUAGAUAAAGAUGCAAUCCUAAAAUCGUCAGCGAGAUUUAAGACCUGAAUUUCGCAUUCAAUCCCAUGAAGGGUCUCAGAGGCUUGAUCGCGAGAGAGGCGAGAUAGAGACAGAGAGUUCAGAAGGCACAGAAGGGGAAGAUGAUGAGCGUGAUAAAGAGGAAAAUAACAAGGCUGUGCAGUGGAAUGAGGAUGAUCAG